AUGUUAGCCCCAGCAUUAGUAAGAAAUUCAAUGAUCUUAAGACCAGUUGUAGUUUCUACACGUUACAGCAUGGUUCGUAUGAUGUCUAGUACAAGAAAUUGUGCUAAAGAUCAUAGAAUGAAGCAUCCGGACGCAGAAGAUGUUAAAGAACAAAGAAAAUUCGAUGCAAACAAGAAGAAGCUAGAGAAGUUAGAACAUGGUGGUCAUUCUGGUAUUAUGAAACCUUCAAUGGAAAAAUUGCAACAAAAAGGUGAAAAUGCAAGAAUUGAACAAAACAGACCAGACGAUGGUGUCUACUAA